AUAUUGAAUGUAACUCAUGCCCUGAGCUAUGGGAAUAGGGCAGUGUGUGUGCAGGCGACCACUCACUUAAAGGAAGGGAUUCAUUUGAAGCAAGUAACAGAAACUUAGACCGCUAAGGAUAUCUGAGGAUGGGAUUGUAUGGAUCAUCUCGUCUUGCUUUUUGUGCAUUGGGAAUCUUUUACGUUGCAACUUUAGGAAACAUGACAGCAGCCUCCUCUGAGUUUUCAGGUUACAUUUCUAAAAUUCUAAAGAAUUAUACAUUACGGGCUUGUGAUGGAGAAUAUGCGUCACUCAGAUGUCCUCACAGAACCACUAUCAGUAUUCAGUCUUCAUUUUAUGGUCGAAACAUGCCCAGUCAUCAGAUGUGCCCAAUGCGCCCAAACCAAUCAUUCGCUACAUUCCUUAAAGAAGAUGUAUCCUGUUCAGCUGGCACUUCACUUCAGAAAAUGCUGGAUGAAUGCCAAGACAGAAGGACUUGCCAGAUUCUUGUCAACAGUCGUUUGUUUGGUUCAGAUCCAUGUCCAGGAACGAGCAAGUACCUCGUCGUAUGGUAUAAAUGCAGACCAAAUGAAUAUAAGAGCAAAGUAGCCUGCGAGGAUGACAGACUGAGGUUAAACUGCAACAGAAAUACAGUCAUUGCAAUUUAUUCAGUGAUUUUUGGAAGGGUUCAGGGGGGCAGCCUGGAAUGCCCUUACCAAAACCUUGGCAUACCUUCAGUAGAGUGCCAGUCAUUGUCUGCUCUUCCACUGAUGACCAAACGUUGCCAAGGUCGGAGAAGCUGUAUUGUUUACGCCAGCACCAAUGAAUUUGGAGACCCAUGUUACCCUGGGGUUCGCAAACACCUGAAUGUCAUUUACACCUGUGUCCCUAAGAAACUCCUGUAUGAAAAUCAGCCAAAAUCAACAAAUUACCAAGGAAUCCUGCAAACACACUACACACAGCAGUCCGGAGUUUAUGAUCGAAAUGUAAUCAGAGAUGGAGCAUUCUUCCCCGAUUCUGCUUUUAUAACAGAACAGGCAUUCCCAGAGAAGAAAAGAGGAAGAGCAGCCGCCUUUUACCCCGUUGACGACAACUUGUCUAUGGAUAACACACAACAUCCUGUCUCCAAUCGUACAAUGGCACCCGUGGGUCGGACAAGCACAGAGAUGGCACUUAUUAGCAACAUGUUGGCAGCGUACUCCUUCAUCACUGAAAACCCAGAGAGAGCAGCAUUAUAUUUUGUAUCUGGAGUGUGCAUUGGCCUAAUUUUGACUCUUGUGGCCUUGGUAAUGAGGAUAUCUUGCCAAACAGACUGUAAGAGGUCCACAGUAAAGAAGCCUCCCAGGAAACAGGAGAGUGACAGUGAUGACAGCAGCGACAGUGACGACGACUCUGACACCACUUCGGAUUUAUCUGCAAGAAGGCACAGGCGCUUUGAGAGGACUUUAAACAUGAACGUGUUUACAUCAGCUGAAGAACUUGAAAGGGCUCAGAGGCUUGAAGAAAGGGAACGCAUCAUUCGAGAAAUAUGGAUGAAUGGGCAACCAGACAUCCCAGGAACCAGAAGUCUCAAUCGUUAUUAUUAAUUGAAACCGUUCUUAGACGGCAUUCUAAGCAAAUUAUAUGUCAGAAUUUUAACAUUAUAGACUGGUGCUCCUACCUAAAGACUCCAUUAGGAUUUUUCCAGCAUCAUUAAAUUGAAUUCUGAAGAUUCUGUAACUUUUUUUCCUGGAAUUUCAAAGAAACAUUUCUAAACAUAAUGUAUAUAUAUAUACAUAUAUAUUUAUACAUAUAAGACACCUCCCACAACUGGUGCCGUUUGAGGCUGGGCCUUGAUAUACCUUUACAACCGGUUCUUGUGCACUUCAGAAUAUACAUACAAGACAUUUUGAUUUCCCUUUCUGGAGGAAUUGUAUAAUAAAGGUAAAUCCUACAGCAAUCUUUGGGCAUUUGGAAGAAGCUACGCAGUGAGAGCUUCACGUUUCCUACAAACUUUAAAUCAUCUCAGUGCUUAGUGACUAAUAGUUGUUGUUCCACCUACAAAAUAAUUGAACUGGCUGCUAACAGGCUAAUGACAUGCAAUUAAGCAGAGCUAUCAUCUAAUUGUUUCCAUGAUCUUCUUAAAAUAGGAAGAUAUUUGUUGCUGCUAUGGUAAAAGACAUCGUUCCAUCCUAUCAGCCCAUAAAAGAACUAUUAAUGGGCGGAAAAACGAUCAAAGAAUAUUAGGCAGCGUAUUCAGGCAGCUUUUGGGGCAUUUUGUUUCUAUUGCUAAAUUUAGCAAUAAAAGUAUUAUAUAAAAACGUAGAAAGUGGAUCAGCACCUUAAAAAAAAAUCCGAUAUUUAAGACUUCUUUUUUGGCAGCAUUUUAACUGACACCUCAGGGAUCCAAUCCUAUUUUGUUACAGGAUUUAUUUUUUUUUUACUAAAUCUAUGCUAUUUUGGACAUAAUCCAUGCAAUUGUUUGUUUUAUAGCUAUCCUUCUACGAGCAAUCUGCAUGGGAAAAUGUUAUAGAUUCACGGAUGAAAUGCCUACGAGAGAUGUGUCAGAAACCUACAACCUCGGAGAGGUCGAAUUUGGGAUUGUUUUUUUUUUUUUUCUUUGGAAAUGCUCACGAUAAUGUGCCUUAUUAUUAUCUGUCCUACAAUAUUUUCCUUACCGAAAGCAAUGCACAUUGAUUUUGUUAUUUUAUAUUUUAUUAAAGGAAAAUAAUGUAUGUUGAAGAAAAAAAGUGUGUAUAUAAAGACCAAUCGUGGCAGAAGGAUUAUGCAAAUAAAAGUUUUUGUAUUUAAUAAUUGGUUUGGCUCUGUGAUGCUAGACAUAUUAAUACUGUAUUCUGUUCAUUAAUUGCAAGCAGAUAAAUUGGAUUUAUUUGUUUAACUGGGAAUUGAGAAAGUAAAGUUCCAGUUUUUUAAGCUAAUGUGUGUAAGAUACAAACAUAUCCGGGUUAGGGUAAUUUUCCAAUUUGACCAUUUUCGCGUGGAAUG